AUGAAGCUCACCUUCAAGGAUUUGAAGCAGGACUCCUUUAUCGUCGAGGUUGAGCCUACCUCAACCAUUCGACAGGUCAAGGAAAAGAUUGCUGAGCAAAAAUCUCUUUAUGACCCUGAGCGGACUAAAAUCAUUUACUCUGGAAAGGUCCUCGCCGACACUUUCACUGUCGAGUACUACGGCAUCCAAGAGAAGGAUUUCCUCGUUUGUCUGCCUGGCAAGAAGCCUGCCCCAGCUGCAGCCCCAGCUGCAGCCCCGGCUGCGGCCCCGGUCCCUGCUACCCCCGCUCCUCGUCCCGCUGCUACUCCGGCUGCCCCUCCUCCCCCUGCUCCGGCUGCUGUUAGUUCGACCCCCGCCGUUCCUGCUACUCCCACCCCGGCUGAGCGCACCGCCCCACCCAGUGCCGAACCUCAGUCUUUCAAUGAUCCCUCUGCUUUGGCUAUGGGAUCUGCCGCUGAGGCCAGUGUGACCCAAAUGGAGGCCAUGGGAUUUGCGCGCAGUGACAUUAAUGUUGCCAUGCGUGCUGCUUUCUACAACCCAGACCGUGCUAUUGAAUACCUCUUGACUGGUAUACCCGAGAAUGUUCAACAGGAGCAGCGACAGCGACAGCAGCAGCAGCAGGGUAGCGCCGAGACUCCCGCAGCUCCUAACGUCACUGAGACUAAUGAAAGUGCUCUCGCUAGCUCGACUCUCGGUAGUUCGACUGACUCAGAUGAGCCAUUCCAGAAUCUCUUCGAUGCGGCAGCCCAAGCUGGUGAGGGUGGUCGUGGCGGCGCCCGGGCUGGAGCUGGAGCUGGUGGCGAGGCCAUGACACUGGACUUCCUGCGCACCAAUCCGCACUUCCAACAGCUGCGACAGCUUGUCCAGCAGCAGCCCCACAUGCUCGAGCCCAUCCUGCAACAGGUCGCCGCUGGAAACCCUCAAAUCGCCCAGCUUAUCAACCAAAACUCUGAUCAAUUUUUGAGCCUGUUGGGUGAAGAGAUGGAGGAAGAUGAGGGUCCCCCGGCCAUUCCGGUCACAGAGGAUGAGCGCGAUGCUAUCGAACGUUUGUGCUCGUUGGGCUUCUCUCGUGAUUCAGUUAUCCAGGCCUACUUUGCCUGCGACAAGAACGAAGAACUUGCCGCGAACUUCCUGUUCGACCAGCCCACAGAUGACGAGCAGUAG